CACAAUUCCGGUGUUAUGUAGUAUCUGAAGAUUUAUUCAGGAUUGUUCCUUGGUUGAUUGGUCGAUUCCAGUGUUAAGUGACAUCUGCAAGCAGGUAUGGCUGAUGCUUCAUCAGAAAAGUACGAGACCAAGAAGGUAGUAGCUGUAGAUUACAGCUCUAAGAUACUCAGCGGUUUGUGCAUGUUGCACUCAGAUGCCUUGCUACAUGACGUCACUUUGAUAGCAGAGCGCAAACGAUUUCAAGCUCAUCGUGCAGUUUUAGCAGCUUGCAGCGACUACUUCAAGGCUAUGUUCACCAGCGGGAUGAGGGAAACUGAUCAGAAAGAAGUCGAGUUGAAAGGAAUUAGUGCAAAAGGUUUAGGUGAUGUGUUGGGGUUUGUGUACAGCGGUGAAAUGGAUCUGAGUAUGGGUAACAUACAUGAUAUCUUAGCGACUACAACGCAUCUACAGGUAACACCAUGCAUCAAUGUAUGCUCUGACUUUCUGGAGUCUGAAGUGAGGAUUGAUAAUUGUUUGUUAAUUUAUCAGAUGGCACAGACCUUUAGUCUCAAUAAUGUGCAGGCUGUGGCCUACAAUUUUCUCAUGAAGCAUUUCAAAGAGGUGUCCAGAUUGGAAGAUUUUCUGCAAUUACCAUUUAUGGACUUGAGCACUUUUCUCGGCAGUAAUGAUAUCUGCGGAUGCACCGAGUUAGAUUUAUUCGAGAUCGCGUCUGCGUGGAUCCAUCACUUUGAAGACGAUAGAUUACAGUUUGCUAAGCCACUAAUGGAAGAGAUUCGAUUUCCUUUAAUGAAACCAUUUGAUCUCGCAAACCAGGUUCGCUCUGUAGAUUUUAUGUUGGAGGAUCCAGACUGCAUGAAAUUAUUAUUGGAAGCUUUUACUUAUCAAUCUAUGCCAUUUCAUCAGCAUCAGCAGCAGAGUCCACGUACUAUGAUACGAUCUGCCGAACAGACUCUUGUUACUUUAGGUGGUUAUAAAGGAAGACCAUCUGAGAAAAUGAUGGCGUAUUGCAACAGUGGUAAACCGGUUGAGAUACAACCGAUGGCAAUGGGUGUAUACUACCAUAAUGUCACUGUCAUGGAUAACUUUCUUUACUGUGUUGGUGGCCAGAAUGUGAAAGACACUGCAGGAAAAGAAGCUGUCAGCUCUGCGUUUCGUUACAACCCCCGUUCUAAUGAUUGGAUGGAGAUCGCAUCUCUCCAAGAACCCCGUUGUCGGUUUCAUCUCAGUGCCCUAAACGGUAAGUUAUAUGCUGUGGGAGGGAAAAAUGCACGUGGACAGGUAAACACAGUGGAGUGUUAUACACCUCACGAGAAUCGAUGGAUUUGUGUAGCUCCGCUCGAUGAUCCACGUAAUGCCCAUGCAGGAGCAACGUAUAGAAACGAGCUAUUCGUAUCUGGUGGUUGGAGCAAUGGCCGAUACACGGACAGUCUACAGUCGUACAGUCCUGCGAAUAACACAUGGCAAAACAGAAGCUGCAUGCACACUCGACGUGGAUGGCAUGGAAUGUGUUCCGUCAACAAUCGUCUGUACGUGAUGGGUGGCAAUCAUCUAAAUUCGAAUGGUGACCGUGUAGAUGUCUUGACUGUUGAAAGUUAUAACCCUAUUACCGAUCAAUGGACUGAUCUCUGUUCUCUGAUGACACCGCAUAGCGAAACCAUUCUAUCAGUGGUAAAUAUGAAGAUUUACAUAGCUGGAGGGUAUUCCUGGAAUGCACAGGGUAAAACGGAUAGAAUUGAAAGAUAUGAUCCAGAAACUAACUCAUGGGAAAUUAUUGGUCAACUACAACAGAAAAUGAAUGGUUUAGCUUGUUGUAGUUUAGUCUUGCCCAAGGAGCUCACUGAUAAAUGA